GACCAUAGACAUACAUGAAAAAAACAAGGGUCAAGUCUAUGAAAAAGCCUUCUUAUGAAAAUCUCAGGAGACUUUUAUGAUUAUAGGAAAUGGCAGUGUACAGUCUGCUGUCGGACACAUAUUAUAGUACAUUCGUUUACAAGGAAUUUCUUCAGUCAAAAUGGCGAAUUUAUUUCUCCGAAGAACAUUGUCCUGUAAUCAGUUUAGGACGUUGCAUAAGACUACAGUUAACUACAAUGUGCCGGUGCCCAUCACUUUUAAUAGUUACAAGAACCAGCAAAAAUUCCGUGAGGUCCAGUCUGAAGUACUGAACACCUUGAUGUCUAGCCCCAGAUUUGAAAACCAGCUGAUUGAUGUUGAACAAUGGGUGACAAAGUUGCUAGAUUAUACACUAGAAGGAGGAAAAAGAGGUAGAGGUUUGGCAGUACCAUUUGCAUACGAAAUGAUGGAAGAUCCAAAAAACUUUACUACAGAAAACCUCCACAGAGCUCGAGUUUUGGGGUGGGCCGUGGAAAUACUACAAGCAUAUCUGCUAACUGUAGAUGAUAUUGUGGACGCGUCAGAAACUCGCCGAGGCAAAGAGUGUUGGUACCUGCACAGCGAUGUUGGGCUCGGGGCAGUUAAUGACUGUGGAAUCCUUCUGGCCUGUGCCGUAGAAGUAAUGGACCUCUACUUCGGAAAGGAAGCCAUGUUCGCCGAUUUAAUCAAAAUUACCAACGGGACUCUGUUGCAAACAUCUGUAGGUCAGUAUUUAGACUGCUCAUCUGGCUACACCAAGGAGAAGAAUAACCUUGACAAGUUCACAAUGGAACUCUUCGAUUCUAUAGCAUACCAGAAGACUGGCAUCUACUCUUUCAAAUUCCCUAUGCUCUUAGCUCUUACACUAGUAAAAGACGGGAAGAGCAGGUAUUCGGAAGAAGCAAAUGAGAUAGCUUGGGGCCUGGGUAAACUUCUACAAUUUCAGAAUGACUACAAAGACGUGUUCGUCGACGAUAUGAACACAGGGAAGGUAGGCACAGACAUUCAAGAAGGUAAAUUAACCUGGUUUGCUGUAACAGCGCUGCAGCGCUGCACCGAAGGACAACGUGCCAUAUUCAAAGAAAACUACGGCAGUAAAAACCCUGAACAUGUAAAGCGCAUCAAGCAGCUUUUUGAUGAAUUAGAAUUGGAAAAAGUAUACAAAGAGUAUGAAAGUUCUGUGUAUGAAGAUUUAGUUCGUAGAAUUCGAGCUCUGCCAACAAAAGGAGAGACACAAUUUUAUUCAGAAAUUUUGGAAGCGUGCUGUAAACAUCUCUACUGAUUUAUAGGCCUAUAAUGGCCUGUCGUUCUUACCAUAUGUUAAUGUAAAUGAUGAAUAUAUUUAUACGAAUAAAAUGGUAGUAUCAUUGAGUAGGCCUUUUAUAAAAAUUACUCGUUAAAUAUGUAUAUUUCUGUUUAUGUUAAUAAGAACCAGCCGACCAGGAAGUCGUUGGGGUCGGCCUAUGCAGUUAACAUCGUCGGCGGAUCUGAUGAUAAUGAUGUUAUCAUUCGUUAGUUAUUAUUAAAGAAC